AUGAACAUAUUUUCCUUGCUUCAUUAAUAUCUUGAUUGCCAAUUAUAACAAGUCUAAGUUGAGUACUAUUUAUAAUCGCUCUUUAUAACUUCUGUGAUUGAUUUUGAGAUGUUUGAUAUGCAAACAAGAAUGUUUAAUCUGAGAAUUCUCUAGUUAUAUGCUAUAAAUCAUCUGAUAUUAUAACAAAAUAUUAAAUAGAAAAAAAUCGUUUAAUUAAUUUUACUGUGGGAUCGAAUUUAUUAUUUCUAACAAAUUAAAAAUAUUAAACCGAAAUCAUUUUUGUGGAGUCAAUUUAAUAGACGACUUUUGAAGUUUUAAAAUGUUACAUUUAUAAAUAAUAUUUUACAUGUAUGCGUUUAAACAAUCUUUAAAUAUCCUCACAACUAUUUAACUCCAAUUGUAUUUUCGGCUUCGUUAAUAUAACCAACUCCCAUUUUUUUAAAUUCCCUUUACAAUAGCAAAAAUAAUAUCGUAUUCAUUAAAAAUCAAUAAUCAGCAAUAUUAAUCAGUUCUUUUUAUUAAAAUUGUUAAUUUAAUUAUCAAAAUAUCCAACCCUUAUUAUUAUGGUGGUUUUUAGAAAGUGAAUAUUUAUCUUAUUAAUAGAUAAAGAGUAUUUUUGAAGUAAAACCUAAUGCAGAAGUUGGUUUAUUUUAAGUGGAGAAUUUGGAAAUAAUGUUUUGUAAUAUUGAGUAAUCAAUAGGUUUUUAAGGAAGAGCAUUAUAUAUUGAAGCUUAAAGAAAUAGUAUAAUUUUAAUUUCCCAGUUUUAGUUCAAAAAUAUUUCUACUUUAUUUUCUAAAUAUUUAGGAUAUGUGGAUCUUUCUAUUUAGAUGGAACUAAAGCACAAACUCUUGAGUUAUCAUUCUCUUAAUUGA